UCACUUUAAAGUUUUUUUUUUUAAGUUAAAAGUGAUCAGUUUUUUUUUAAUUUUUAAGAACGUUAAAUUUAAAAAAAAUUGAAAAAAUGGCAAAUUUGCGAUUGUCAAUUGUAUCGAUUGUUUGUUGUGUACUUUUGCUAAGUAUCAAUUUUGAACAGUGUAAUGGUUCGAAGAAAUACAAUCGUUAUUUGGCGCAUUUAUUUAAUAAAUAUGGCAGCGGUGGAACAAUGUCAUUUGAGGGUCUAGAACAUUUAAUGUACAAUUUGGGACUUGGAGAACUUGAGUUUAGUCCAACCCAUACCAUUGACGAACAUCAUCCUGGUGGUUAUAAAAUUUCCGACUUUAUAAAAAUUGAUGAAUUUAAUAAUGUAAUAGAAGAAGAAGAUACAUUAUUACCUCCUUUAAUGGAGGAAGAAGAUGUAAGAGUUGUUACACAUGGAACUAUUAAAAAAGAUGCUUUAGUGAAGACUCAUAAGAAAACCGAACAAUUAACAACGACAACAGCUUCAUCGAUAUCAGCUGAUAGAGAUGUUAUCGAUGAUAUCGAAAAUGAGGAAAACUUAUCGAAGAAAAACGAUAUCGAAAGCAAGGAAUUCAGGGAAAUGCAUGAUCCAUUGCAUAGACAUCCAAGAGAUCAUGCUGAACAUUCUAAUUCAAACGUAUGCCUUUCACCGAAGUCAUUACUCCGCCUUGUCAUCGAUCAUGAUGAUCUUCACAAAAGGAAACUUUAUAAAACCUUGAAUUCAGAUAGACAUCGAGACAAUGCUGACAAUGAUGACGAUGAUCAUGAUUCCGAACAUGAAUACAAUGAAUUUAUAAAUACGGUCAAACUUACACCUGUGGGAUUUAUGAAGCUUUGUCCAGCAUUGUUAACACAAAUUGAUCAACAAGUUUGUAUGCAGCCAGUUACACUAGCCAGUAUGCAGGAUAGAGAUGAUUUUCUUUUAAAUGCUUGGAUCUAUGCAUCUGGAUCAAUCUUUAUUCUAUCAGCAUGUGGUCUUCUAGGAAUUCUUCUCGUUCCAUUGAUGAAAACCAUUGCUUACCAAGAGAUCUUAAAAUUUCUCGUUGCCGUUGCUGUUGGCACUCUGAGUGGAGAUGCCUUAAUGCAUUUAAUUCCACACGCUUUAGCAGCCAAUCACUCUGAAUCUCAAUCAUCAUCUCCAAAAUCAUCAAAUAACGAAGAAAGUCACGAUCACAGUGGUCCAGUUUGGAUUUGUGCUUGUGCAUUUAUUACAGCAGUUUUUAUGUACAUUUUAGAAACACUAUUACCACUUCUUAAAGGAGACAAUUCAAGUCAUGGUCAUUCUCAUGGACAUACAGAAAGUCCACCUCCUGUUGAAGUUCCUGCAACCAAUCCUGAAUCAAGAGAAAUCAAUGUAAUGCUUGAUGAGCUGAAAAAAGAUAAGAAAGAUGGAUCAAGACCUUUAACUCCAAUUGCAUUCAUGGUAAUCCUCGGAGAUGGUCUUCACAAUUUGACCGAUGGUCUAGCUAUUGGUGCCGCUUUUGCCAGUGAUCCAGUUACAGGUCUAGCUACAGCCUUUGCCGUUCUUUGCCAUGAAUUGCCACACGAAUUGGGUGACUUUGCUUUGCUCCUUCAAACUGGAAUGAGCAUUCGACGAGCAGUUCUACUCAAUAUAGCCUCAUCGGUGUUAAGUUUUGUUGGAAUGGCUAUUGGAUUGUUAAUUGCAGGAGUCCAUACAAAUAUGACUCAAUGGAUUUAUGCAGCUACAGCUGGGUCAUUCCUUUACAUAGCUUUUGCUGAUUUAAUACCAGCAAUGUCAAUGGAGGGAAAGAAAAACUUGAAGAAUUCUUUGAUUCAAGUUGCAGGAAUAUUAGUUGGGGGUAUUAUUAUGAUGGCUAUUGCUUUAAAUGAAGAUUCCUUACAGAAAUUAUUCAAGUAGAAUGCCAAAAAGAAAUCUCUUUAAUUUUUAGUUAGAAUUUUUAUUUAAAUUUUCUUUUAUUUUUUCAUUGAGAAUCUACUAUCAUAUAGUGCUGUGAAGUGUCAUAGAGUUUAAUUUAGCAAGCUUGUGCGUGUACCUAUAGUUGUUUUAGAAAUAAUAAAUAUAUUAAUUAUAUUGUUUUGUGGCUGCCGUAAAAAAAAAACUAUAUAAGAAUUUAUACCUAUUAUAUUAAUUGUUAAGUUUAUUUGUUAAAAUUAUUUGUAUUUGAAAUACAUUUAUUAUUACAUAAAAAUAUGCAA